GAAGCAUAGCUGAAUUCAUAAUAAGCUAAUUACAGCUGGUGGAGAUAAGUGAUAUAUGGCUUUCUCAAACCAGCUCUUCUUCCUCUUCUUUCUCCUCCUCUCCGUUGCGUCCAUCGCCCACGGUGCCGAUUUAAUCGCCAAAGAAUGUGGAAACACCUCCGCAAACAAUGGCGCGUUGCAAGGCAAUGUCAACAGUGUCAUUCUCGACCUGGUGACAAGAACUGCUGAUAUUGGCUUCGCCAACUGCACCUACGGCUCCGGUAACGACACCGUCUACGGUACUGCGGAGUGUCGAGGAGACAUCAGCGGCCAAGACUGCUCCGCAUGCAUCAUCGCCGCCGGACAAGAGAUACGAACAUCAUGCGCGAAGACGACUGAAUCACGCAUUUGGUACCAACAGUGCUCUCUUCGCUACAGCACCACCAACUUCAUCGGGCAGAUGGAUACGAACCUGCUCGGUGUGUGGGCAUCGACGAAUAAGAUGGCGGAUCCGCAGGCGUUCAAGAAGGUAUUGAAAGAGCUAUUUAUUGUACUAGGAUUGGCGGCAUCAAGUGGAGAAAGCAGGAAGUUUGGGUGGGGGGAGAUUGAGAGCAAUGAUCUCAAAAACAACAAGACAAUUACCAUCCAUGGAAUGGCAAAGUGCACAUCAGAUCUCCAAGGACCGGUGUGCCUCAAAUGUUUGGAUGCUGCGUACGGUGCUUUAGAGUCUUCUUGUGGAGACCUGAAAGGAUGCUUUAUUAUUCUUAAGAGUUGUUCCAUUAGAGAUGAGACUUCGCCGUUUCUCUUCCUGAAUGCUGCACCGACUCCGGCUGUCACUACUCGCAAUAUUACAUUUGCCAAUAUUUAG